UUUCAGUAAUUUCCUUCUUUCUUCUUCUUCUUCUUCAGCCACGACCCUUACUCCGCUUUUCUCCGGCGGCUCUUCGAACCUACGUCGACGACCACGAUUCUCUGCCACUGACUCCAGUAGUCGACCACAUAGAUAGACGCCGAGCAUUCUUUCUCAGUUGACCCACGAAUCUGACUUGUUUCGCGAACACCACUUCGAACAACCUUCAUAGCACCUUUUACGAGCUUCGGCAUUGGCCCACACUCUGUUUCCCUUCAAAUCAAUUUACCCAUAUCGUUUUAAGGCCCAGCUCUGCAAGUUCAAACUUUUUUGGGCUCCGACCAGCAAGGUUCAGAGGCUUUUUCGCUUCUUAGCUUACCUACAAUGGCCUCAACUACUGAUGAAUCUUCUCGUAUUCUUCACGAAAUCGAGACCUUGAAAUCUGCCAAGUUCGACUUAGAACGUCGUAUUUCAGCUCUUGAAUCACAGCUACACAACCUCAAUCAACCCCACAACAAUGGUGUUUCUAAUGCUUCUUCCACUUCACCAUCCACCUUUCCUCAUGCUCUCUCCCCUGAUAUGAUUUACAGAUACAGUCGCCACCUCCUUCUUCCUUCCUUUGGAGUCCAAGGACAAUUGAGGCUUUCUAAGUCUUCAAUUUUAGUUGUUGGAGCGGGAGGAUUGGGCUCGCCAGCUUUAUUGUAUCUGGCAGCUUCUGGUGUUGGUCGUCUGGGAAUUGUUGACCACGAUGUAGUGGAGCUAAAUAACAUGCAUCGGCAGAUCAUCCAUACUGAGGCAUAUAUUGGCCAGUCAAAAGUAGAAUCUGCUGCUGCUACAUGUCGAUCGAUCAACUCUACUGUCCAGAUUGUUGAGCACAAAGAAGCUCUUCGUACAUCAAAUGCUUUAGAAAUCUUUAGCAAAUAUGAUAUUAUAGUAGAUGCCACAGAUAAUGCUCCUAGCCGGUACAUGAUUAGUGAUUGUUGUGUGGUUAUGGGAAAGCCUCUUGUGUCUGGUGCAGCACUUGGUUUGGAGGGGCAGCUCACAGUUUACAAUUACAAUGGAGGCCCGUGCUACCGAUGCCUAUUUCCAACUCCGCCACCAACAACAGCAUGCCAAAGGUGUGCAGACAGUGGUGUUCUAGGAGUAGUUCCUGGGAUCAUUGGUUGUCUCCAAGCCUUGGAGGCCAUUAAAAUUGCAAGUGCGGUUGGUGAUCCACUUUCAGGACGGAUGCUUCUGUUUGAUGCUUUAGCAGCGAGAAUCAGAAUUGUCAAGAUUCGUGGAAGGUCGGUGCAGUGUGAAGUAUGUGGAGAAAAUUCUGAAUUCAAAGCAGCACAAUUUCAAGAAUUUGACUACGAAAAAUUCACUCAGACUCCAUUAUCUACGUCUCCUCUGAAGUUAAAACUGCUAGAGCCAAACUCAAGAAUAAGCGCCAAAGAAUACAGAGACCGACUUCGUAGUGGGGAACCACACGUGCUUGUGGAUGUCCGGCCCGAGCACCAUUUCAAGAUUGUGUCUCUUCCCAACUCCCUCAACGUCCCACUGGCGAGUUUAGAAGGAAGGGUGGAAGAAGUGGUAUGGGCUUUGAAGGAAAAGGAAGAGAAUAAACAGAAUGAUGAUGUGAAAGUAUACGUAGUGUGUAGGAGAGGGAAUGAUUCACAAAGAGCGGUGAAGUACCUGCAAGAGAAAGGGUACCCUUCAGCUAAGGAUAUAAUUGGUGGAUUGGAGGGUUGGGCCCAGGAGGUAGACCCCACUUUCCCUUCCUAUUAAUUUGGGUUCCCUUUUACUACUUUGUCAUUCACAUUCACUUAUUAGCAUGGGAUCGUACUAUUGACUCCAAGAAGAUAGAAGAGAGGAGAUAGAAGAGAGAUAGAAGAAAGAUAGAAGAGUCAUAGAAGAGACAUAGAAGAGACAUAGUGCAUGGGGCUAUAUGUAUCUCUUUUCUUCAAUAAGAAAUGUGUAUAUACUAUUCUAUUUAUUUAGAAUUGUGGAAGUGCUUUGAUGGAUUAUGCUUAUUUAAUUUAUAUUAUUGUUGGGAUGCAACUAGAUGUGUUCUAUUGUAUUUACUAAAUCAAAUUUAUUAUUAUGCCAA